AUGCCACAGUCGAACCCAACUGAAAACGCGGGGCCCAAAACGAGGCUAGGGCCCACCCUCAGGGCAGGAAUUAAGAAAAGGACAAAGUCGAGAGGGAAUGUAAGCCAUGACAGUCCCAAGAAGUAUUUCCUAUCAGGCCAGUUCUCCAUAUUUUAAAAUAAACCAAGUGUCUCAGCAGCUUAAGGGAUACCAUCGCAGGUGAAAAAAGAAGAAUGACAUUUAGGGACCAUUUGCUUACCACCGCUUUGUUCCGUUUCACUCCAUUUUCACCUACAAAUACUGUUACUUAUCCGUUGCUUAACGGUCAUUUUGUAUGGCAAAACGGAACGGCCGUAUCCAAACAUACCUUUAGCUCUCUUCCCGGUGGUCUGCAAUGAUGGUCCCGUUUGAUGGCUGAUUCUGUGGUUAUGGCACAUGUUGUUUGGGGGGAAUAUAUCUUGGAGCGAUUUAUUUGACUAAUACAAUUCUUUGUGAGUACCCUAGGGGGGUGGAUCCGAUUGUUCUGUCCGCUGUCAAUGGGUUCGGGAUAAAGAACCGAAAGAGCCAAGACUCUCACUGAACAUCAUUGGGCCUGUUAUCUACGGCGGUAUUACCCAGAGCUGUGUGACAAGGCCGGGCAUUAACCAGAGUGGUUCAAAGCAAUCGCAACGCGAUGGAACAGACAAUAGCCCUGUGGGUAGCCCUGCUUGUUACUUUUAUGGAUGCCUGCGUUGACCUUUGUACCGUUAUGGUGAUACGAUAGACUCCCGUGCGCCGUGAGCGUGGCACCGUAGAGGAGGGAUCGGAGGUUGAACGCCACAGGGAGGGCUCGCGCGCCUCUUGGCAAGAUACCUAUGCCCAGAUGGACAACAGAGCCAAAUGGGUGCUUGCUAGCGGUCGCCGUGUGGAAAAUGUCAUCUAUGAGGCUUGCGAGGCGAUGGACUUCGUCACAUUUGCCUCUGUUCCUGCUCAAUUGUUCAUCCUCGAUACAUCAGAUCCCGAGGUCCAGGGCUGGUUCAGUGAGGAUGAAUGGAACGAGAUAACGGCAAGACUAUCCCCUUUGCCAGGUCCCGACCAAACGCUAGUGGAUUCAUUCAACAGAUUCUAUCCCGUCAAUACAACAACCAUGCUCCGCGAGGCCCUUAAGUCAGGCCUGAUCCCUGACGGCGCGACCUACGAUCAAACCCUUCAUUCUACUUUGCAAUGGGCUGAGACGGCAAUCCGCAAAUUGUAUGUAUUCCUACUUUUCUUUUCUCCUUUUUCUCCUUUUUUGCUCCCAUUUUUCUCCCCCUUUCAAAGGGUCCCUGUGCAGAGGCAAUAACUUAUACCCCACCCCAUUCCCAUCAGCUUAAUGCUCCUUGAAGCACCCAACGAUCCGCUUAUCCAAUCACACCUAGAAAGCUGGUACGGCUACAACAUCUGGUCCGACAUCCUCGACGCUGGCCUCCUAGACCUCAAGGGCAUGACCAUAGAGCGCAAGAAACCCACUUGUGACUCUUCCACCCAGUGCAGCAACCGCCAGAGGCUGAAGUCCACAGAGAGUAUAAAACUCGGGAACCGCCUUGACGGGAUUAUCCGCACCUUGGGGCACGCCCCUCUCGUGUACGGCGGGAUGGAAGCUGGGGCAACCAUAACUGGCGGUGUGACGGCACCGAGGCGGCUCGGCGACAAUUUCAAACUUGUUAAAUGCUUGCGAGACAUGCUCUCCCAGUUGCAUGAGGAAGUGAAUGGUGACUCGAGUAUCACGCGACUUGUGCAGGUUGUUGGGAUCUUCACGUCGGGGUUGGCGCUGCAGUAUGCUCUCUUAGGACACCCCGGGGUUGGGUAUGUAUGUUUGCUCCAGAGGGAGCCGGUGGUUCAUAUGCCAGACUCUGUCGAGAGGCUUCCGGAGCUUCUUAGGAUGCUUGUGGUGGUUGCACAGAUAAAGGAGGUGAUCAAACUGUCGUAUGACGCGGUACAGAAGAAGUAUCUAGCACUAAGCGGGAGCGCUUUUCGUGCUUUUUUGGUUAGCGGCAACGCCAUGAGGAGCAAGGCAACGUUAGGCUGGAUGGCUAGCGCCCCGUGA